AAAUAAUUUGAGCAGCAGCAGGGAUGAGGGUAUUGAUAGUAGUAGCGUGUUUCCUUCUCUUCCUUGGCCUGUCUGACUGCUGGGCACGUAGGAGACGUCUUCGUUCUGGCAAGAAAGUGAAACGAGAAGUGUCACGUGAGAACAGAGCUGUGUCGGUAGCAGUGGAGAAUGGGGUGAGAGUAUCUCUGGAGCCGUGUGAGGAGGACAUCCAGGCUUGUGGAUUUACAGUGCAGUGUUCUUGCUGCAGUAAACCUAGCUUUUACGGGUGUGGAGCUACUGGCCUAAUAGGAGCUCCCUCAAUACAGCUUCUGCAGAUGGUAAAGCGCGAUGCUGGCACUCACGAUGGAGAUGAAGCUGGAUGUCAUCUGAGAUCAGUUUUGUACAAUGGUGAACAUCUUUGUGUUCCUGGAAAUAUUGCCUCGAUGCUUUUUAUAGCCCAUCAGACAAGUGAAGGAGACUGCUAUCCAGUGUUCCCACUAAACUGUAAGAGUGACCUGGCUGAUGAAACUAUUUAUUACCAGUACCUCUACGUCCCUAAAACACAUGUCCUGAGAACUCUCUCCGCUCUCCAAGCAGCUGGACAUUUCUGCCAAAUAUCAGAACAAGAAACACAAGGCGGGAUUAAAUGUGUUAUUUAGAUCACGUGAUAAGAAGACAUCCCUGCAACUAACACCUGACCACCCAUCAUCUACUAACACCUGUUGCGAUUAACACCGUUUUUGCUCUCAAUGCGCUAUAUUUGGACUGAUAUUGAUAAUAUCUGAUGCAGAUGUCACAUGUUACAAAUUCACUUCGCUGUGAAAAAUGUGUUGCUUUUUUUCCCUCUGCAACACUGCGAAGCAUGUCAUUUUUUCGCUUACAUCAUCGUACAGAAUUUCAAGUUUAUCUUUAAGACACUGUAUUUGUUAUUGAUAUUUAUUUAUUUAAUUCUUUGAUUGCUAUUUUAUUGUUUAGAAUUGUGUAAUGCUGGAAGUGUGUUUUACAUUAUUUUAUUGUUGUUCUCCCUGCCA